GUAUCAUACCGCGACUAAAAGUGCAGGAUAAGCUCAGUGGUCCACACCAGUAGCAAAGCUUUACAGACUGCGGCCCGCCGGAAUCGUGGUUCCGACUCCGCUGAGGGUUAGUCGCUACACAUGGCGGGACCGUUGUCCUCCGCAUUAGGCCCUUCAGGGCUCUACCAGAGCCUCGAAGACGCCCUUGCCGGCUUCCAAGCUGUCUUGAGCGAUGACCAACGUCAAGAGCUCCAGGGCAUCAAGAAGAAUCACGUCAAUGCCGACGCGGACGCCGUGCUGGUGUUCACAGCCAGCCUCGACUCCAUCAACAGGCAGCGGAGAGGCAGAAGCACCUCCACUCGACUUCACUCGUUCUUGUCGUCCGUCGGGGACUUCUGCACUACCAUGACGGAUGGGAAACCUGUCAACAUCGCGGAUACUUAUGUCUCGUCACACCCCGAGAUUGCUGCACUGGUUUGGGGCAGCGUCAAAUUGACCAUGAUAGUAAUCACAAACUUCAUGUCUUACAACGAUGGGAUCUUCAAAUUGCUCAUGGAGAUCACGAAAUUUUGCCCGGUCGCAUCCGAAUAUCGUUCCUUGUAUCCCGAUUCAACCAGGCUGCAGAAGACGCUGAGCAAUUUUUAUGCAGCCGUCAUCCGCUGCUGCCGGCACCUGGUUCAGGUGAUGCAGCGCCGCGGGUACAUGCAGGUCGCUAGGAAGCUUGCCACAUCAUUCGAUCAGGAGUUCAGGCCAGAUCUAGACGACAUUCGGAGUCAUCGCAAGAGUGUCACAGAAGAGGUCGCACUUGCUAAAGCCCAAGUAGAUUUGCACCAUCACCAACUGCAAGCGACAGAGCGGCAGAAAGCAUCGCACAGUAGAAAAGUCAUGGGCCGGUUCUUCUCGUCUACAGAGAACAGCCUACACAAAAUCGGGACCCAACAGAUACAAAGCUCCAAUUACGAAUCAGCGAGAAGACGGCAACAGCUGCUCGAUUCUCUUUCCUCACAUGACUUCAGGAGGCCCUUCAAGCAGGCCAAUGAGAGACGGUAUGGCAAUACGACACGCUGGGUGUUCGACACACCGCAAUUUCAACAAUGGCUCGAUGGGGAAAGCCCCGUUUUAUGGUGCUCGGGUAAAAUCGGGUCUGGCAAGACUAUAGUUGCCUCCAGCGCAAUCCACCAUCUCCUCAAUGUCAAAGGCUCUCUCGGUUGUCCUAUCUCCUUCUUCUUUGCAGAAUACGACGAUGCUGCCUCGCUGAACCCGGACGUCAUUCUAAGGUCUAUUUUGCGCCAGAUGCUGCAAGGCACUAAGAUAUCACAAGCAAUGGGACGCAGCAUUCAGUCGAUGAUUUCCUCACCGACCUCUUCCGACCUCUCCGAUCUACUUCGCGAAUUAACGCAAGUGCCUCUGAAGUCCUACAUCGUGAUCGAUGGAGUUGAUCAAUGCGAGGCAAAGGAUCGAAAAGAGCUCCUCAAGACACUCUCGACCGUAGCAAUACCUGGUAGCAAUACUCGUCUCUUUCUUUCAGGUCGUAACAGUCUGCAAGACGAGCUCCACAAAUACUUUCCGGGCAUGGGGCGCCUCAAACUGGACUGUGAGGCCACGACCGACGAUAUAGCGACGUAUAUCAAAGGAUUUCUGGAUGAGAAACUCAAAGAUGGCGACCUUGUGGUUAGGGAUCCCACAUUAGUUGGCGAUGUGAGGGCGGCGCUUGAAAAGGGCGCCCAGGGGAUGUUUCUCUGGGCGUCUCUCCAACUUGAAGAUAUAUGUCGCCAACAUUGCGACGCAGACAUUCGGCACACGCUGGACAAUCUGCCCGGGGAUCUUGCUGGAACAUUUCUACGAGCACUCCGUCGCAUCGAGAGUCAAAAGCAAGGCGAUACAGCGCGGAAGAUUUUCCCAUGGGUGGCAGCCGCAAAACGGCCGCUGACGCUUGGAGAAUUACGCGAGGCGAUCGCCAUUGAAAUUGGACAGGAGUACAGUGAGCCAGAUCGUUUGUACAAUAACAUGGGGAGGGCUGCCUCAUGGUGCGAAAACCUGAUCCAAGUCGACGAGGAGAGUCAAGUCGUGCAGUUUGUACACUCAACGGUGAAGGACUUCCUCAUGCAGGAUCCUCAACUCGACGACACAGCAGCUUUCCACGUUCGCCUCGAUGAUGCCGACCACGGACUUGGCGAGCUCUGCGUGACGUACCUCAACUUCAACGACUUCAAGACGGCGCUGGCAGUACGAUCAAAGCCUCUGCUAGUGGAUCCAUCGAAUGUUACGCAUGAGCUUUUCAAGCCGGGGUCAAAGCGUGCUACACUAGCAAGACAGUUCCUGCCCAAAAGCAGUACAGGAAUGCACGAUAUGCGAACCGCUGCGGCCUUUCGCUCACGUGAAUCUCGAUCGACAAGCACAACUUUGGAGGAUGGUCACCCACUGCUAAAUUAUGCGCGAGUCCACUGGAUAACACAUACGAAAUCCUUCUCGGAAGGUAAAUCGAAGACAUGGCACCACUGGAAAAACAUACUCAUCGACGGCCACGCUAUCGCAGAGAAGCCUUGGGGUAACAGAAGGAACGAAAUAUGGACCUGGGCAUUGGAAAGUCGCCAUUUCGCCUUGAUUCAGCUUCUGCUCACAACCAGUACAUUUAGAGAUGGGUUCAGCGCCCGUAUCGUGUACGAUGCAACGACACAAAAUGACUCACAGCUCAUGGAUAUAUUUCUUGAGGCUUCAUUGCCUCUGGGAAUCUUAAAUGUGGCCUUGCUAAUUGCUUCAUCUAGUGGAAAGCAUAGCAUGGUCGAGAGGCUGGUAGACGCGAAAGCCGAUGUCAACGCAGUAUCGCCGUCAAGUGGGUCUGCACCGCCACAGACAGCUCUACAGGCCGCAGCAGCGGCCGGGUAUCUCGACGUAAUCGAGAGGCUGCUCGGAGCAAAAGGAAACGUCAACGCAGCGCCCUCACAGCCGUAUGGACAGACAGCUCUACAGGGCGCGGCAGGAAGGGGUCACCUCAACGUAGUCGACAGACUGCUGGAAGCAAAGGCCGAGGUUAACGCAAGUCCGUCAGGAUAUAAUGGGCGAACAGCUCUACAGGCCGCUGCAGAAGGCGGCCACCUUGACGUAGUCGACAGACUGCUGGAAGCAAAGGCUGAGGUUAACGCAGUACCGUCAGGUUCUGGUGGACGGACAGCUCUACAGGCCGCUGCAGAAGGCGGCCACCUUGACGUAGUCGACAGACUGCUGGAAGCAAACGCUAAGGUCAACGCAAGUCCGUCAGGACGUUAUGGGCGAACAGCUCUACAGGCCGCUGCAGAAGGCGGCCACCUUGACGUAGUUGACAGACUGCUGGAAGCAAAGGCCGAGGUCAACGCAAGUCCGUCAGGAUAUAAUGGACGGACAGCUCUACAGGCCGCUGCAGAAGGCGGCCACCUUAACGUAGUCGACAGACUGCUGGAAGUAAACGCCGAGGUUAACGCAAAGCCGACAGAGUUUGGACGGACAGCUCUACAGGCUGCCGCAGAAGGCGGCCACCUUAACGUAGUCGAUAGACUGCUGGAAGUAAAGGCUAAGGUUAACGCAGUACCGUCAGGUUCUGGUGGACGGACAGCUCUACAGGCCGCUGCAGAAGGCGGCCACCUUGACGUAGUUGACAGACUGCUGGAAGCAAAGGCCGAGGUUAACGCAAGUCCGUCAGGAUAUAAUGGACGGACAGCUCUACAGGCCGCUGCAGAAGGCGGCCACCUUGACGUAGUCGACAGACUGCUGGAAGCAAAGGCCGAGGUCAACGCAAGUCCGUCAGGAUAUUAUGGGCGAACAGCUCUACAGGCCGCUGCAGGAGGCGGUCACCUCGAUAUAAUUGAGAGACUACUGAAAGCGAAAGCUGAGGUUAACGCAGUACCGUCAGGUUCUGGUGGACGGACAGCUCUACAGGCCGCAGCAGAAGGCGGUCACACCGAUGUCGUUCAUCGAUUGCAGCGUGCAGGCGCACGCUAGAUGAACAAGGAUACUUGCGGUAGGUGUGACGUUGACAUUUUUAGUUUUUAACAAGCGUGAACUCCAAUACAAUGCUGACCCUCUUUAACGGGUUUUACUCA